AUGAAUAUGUAUCGAGGAAAAAGCGCAAAACAAUUUUACUUAGCUUCCCUGCUUUACGAUUCCAUCGACGACAAUAAUCUCAGUGCUGUAAAAUUUGUAUUAUGCGAGAAAGAGGCAGACCCAAACAUUAUUUUACCUACAACAGGCAUUUCUUCCUUCCAUUUAGCAAUUGGGUGCGAUGAUGCAGACUUUGCUGUUAAUGUUACCAGACUGAUAUUACAAAAUGGAGGAAAUCCGAAUGUGUGUUCAGAUGAUGGUUUAACGCCUGUUCAUAUAGCCGCAGCAUGGGGAAGAAUGGAAAUUCUCGAGAUGCUGUUAAAGUUCGGAGGCGAUCCUGAAUCCAGGGAUUCCAAUUGGAUGACACCCAUCCAUUAUGCCACGAAAGAAUCUUAUCUGGAUUGCCUGGAUCUCCUCAAGUCGUAUUUACCUAGCAAGUACGAUGUUCUUUAUAAUAUGGAGAAAGAAGACUGUUUUCAAUAUAAUUUAGAUAAAGUAUUUAUAAAUAACGGAUAUGCAACUGGAGAGUACGAAGUCUGCAGCAAAACCGACAGUAUUAAUGUAAAUAAUCUAAUUAAAAAUUUACCGAACUUGCCCCAACCGGACACGACUAAGUACGUCUUGAACUGGUUCGACACUCACAUCGACGAUAGAGGUGGAAAGACGUUUAUUAAAGAGCAUUCUGUUCCAAACAACCUCACAGACGAGGACAAGCCUUUACCCUACGAAAGUUCCUUUGACGAAUCCGAAAACGAGAAUAACAAAAAUAAGAAUUUGACAUUUCGGAAGUCUUACAAGAAGAAAAUAAAGAUAAAACAUAGAAAAUCUAUGUCUAUAGAAGAUGUAAAAACAGAGAAUAAUGGCGUGAUUUCAAGCGGGUUUGAUUCUGCCGAAUCGGACCAUAAAAACGAAACUAAAGAAGUUUCUAGUGAAAGUGGUAUCGUUUCGUUACCCAAUUCCAAAGAAUCUGCGUUAGAACAAGCCGGACAACAGAUAAAUCCGUAUAAUUACGAAACUAUAAACUUAAAACCUAAUUAUGGCGAUGAAAAAAUUUUGGCAGCUAAUAAUGUCCACAAUAAUUUAAAUAUAACUUCUAAACCUUUGGAAAAACCAUCUAUUCUCCUAGAAAGCAACAUUGUGGAAAAUAGCAGCGAUUACAUGACUUGUUCAUCGAACAGUUUGCUAAACAAAAAUAUUUUCUCGAUAACAUUACUCACAAACGAUUCUAGCGAUAAGUCAUGCAUAGACAACAAAGCAGUAGUUAGUGAUAGCGUAACAGACGAAACGGGAAGCACCGAAAUGAGUUUUGUUACCGUUUCGGCAGUGUACAAGUACGAAGAUAAGCAAAAAGGAAUUGUCCUGUACGAAAAGAGAGUGCACAAAAAGCCCAGUGAGAACAAUGGAAGCGUUAAAACAUUAUCAUCCAAAAUGUCUUCCUUGCCCGAAACCAUUAACUAUGAUGCUGAUACUCUGCGGAGAGAGCUUACCAUCCUAGGUUUUAAUCCUGGACCUAUUACUGCCACUACCAUGAGGGUGCAUUUGAAGAAAUUGCAUCAGCUGAGGAAACUAUCACCCUGGGUCCGUGAACAGAGCAGGAAAACCGAAUCAAAAAGAGUGUAUUCUCCGGAAAUAGAGGCAACUCUUAAAAAUCCCAGUUGGACUACCAAUUUAGCAGCUUACAAAUUAUUGGAAGAUGCGCUUGUAAAGGAAUUCAGCUGUCCGUCUACAACGAGAAAAUGGCGAGAGGGAAAUUGUAAGUCGUCGUUUGCUUAUUUGUUGUUAGAUCCGAGAAAAACGAAUAAUCUACCGUGCAGGGCGGAUACGAUGAACUCCAAAGAUGUUUGGGAAACGUUCCUUUCUUCAAUAUUUUAUGUUGGAAAAGGUAAGAAAAAUCGUCCAUUUUCCCACCUCUACGACGCAGUAACACACUAUAGGCAGAACAACCCCGUGACCCCAAAUCAGAAACUCAAGACCAUCGUAGAUAUAUGGAACAACAGAUCGGGAGUGAUCUGUCUACAUAUUUUCCACAAUAUAAUCCCAGUUGAGGCCUAUACCAGAGAAGCCGCCAUGAUAGCAGCUCUAAAACUGGAGAACGUUUCGAAUAUGAGGAUCGGAGACUUUUACGGCACUGCAUCGAUGUGGAAACGGAAAGAGAAAUGCAUGUUAGGAACUUAUUUGUUGUAUAAGGCGAUGAAUAUAUAUUUACAGGAGGGAGAGAGGCAGCUGUCACUAAAUGAUAUAGAAUGUGGGUGA